AUGUCCAACUCCACCACAACAAUGGUCUUUCUCCUCAUGGAGUUUCCUGGCAUGCGGGAUCUACAGGUUUUCUAUGCCAUGAUCUUCUCUCUGAUUUAUCUGAUGACUAUAAUGGGAAACCUUUUCAUUGUAGUGGUCACCACUCUUGACAAGAGCCUUUACACACCCAUGUACUUCUUCCUGAGGAACCUGUCCAUCCUGGACUCCUGCUACAUUUCUGUCACUGUCCCUAAAUUCUGCAUGAACUCCCUGCUGGGCACAAGCUCCAUUUCAAAGGCAGGAUGUGUAGCUCAGGUCUUCCUUGUGUUAUUCUUUGCAUUUGUAGAGUUACUAUUUCUCACCAUCAUGGCUCAUGACCGCUUUGCAGCCAUCUGCAGACCCCUCCAUUACCCUGUGAUCAUGAGUCCUCACCUGUGUGUACAUAGCACACUAGUCUCUCUGCUCAGUGGCCUCAUCUAUGCAGCCCUGCACACCAUCAAGACCUUCCAACUGCCCUUCUGUCACUCCCAUGCUGUUCAGCAGCUUUUCUGUGAUGUCCCUUCUCUGCUGAAGCUGUCUUGUUCUGACACCUUCUACAACCAGAUCAUGAUGCUAAUCUCUGGAUCGGUUUUUGGUGGUGGCUGUUUCAUUUACAUCAUCAAGUCUUACAUUCACAUCUUUUCUACCGUGCUCAGGUUUCCAGUGGGAGCAGAUAGGAAGAAGGCCUUUUCCACCUGUGUCCCACACAUUCUCGUGGUGUCUGUCUUCCUCAGCACAGGCUCUUAUGUCUACCUGGGACCCUCUGCAAUGUCUGCUGGAGUCUUGAGGAUGAUCCUGUCUGUGUUCUACUCUGUAGUUCCUCCCCUCUUCAACCCUAUUAUCUACAGUCUCAGAAAUGAACAGAUAAAAUAUGCCAUCAGGAAACUCAUGACAAGAAUGUUCUAUUCAGAAUGUGUAUUGAGAAUUAAGGGGGGAUUUCUGUUUCAUAGUAGUCAUAGUCAUGCUUUUGGCAAUAAAAGCAAAUAA